AUGGAACGUUGUUUCAUCGAAGACUGGUCGAUCAUGAAGUCUUCACCGCUUGAUGCAACGGACGAGCGCAGUGGCAAGGCUGCAAGACGUUCCAUUGGCAUCCGUCAAGCUCGUGCCUCGCAGGAGCCAUCCGAGUCUAAGAAUCAGUCGGACCAGUCCAGCCAGACUCUCUCUGAUUGA